AUGUUUUAUCAUGUAUUUGAUGGUCCAGUGAACCCUUUUAAGGAGUUAUCACCAACAUCAUUUACGAUCUCGUGCUCUGACAUAAGAAGUCCACAGAGGAAGAAAAAACGGGUGGAACACGUUUUGGAAGAAUUAGUAAAAAAUAUAGCCGCAGAAAAAGAAGAAAAAAGAGAAGAAAGGAAAAGAAGAGAGACAAAGCACGAAGAAAUUCGAGAAGAAAAUAGACGAGAUCGCGAGAGAAGACAUAAGGAGCAAAUGGAUGUCCAAAAAUCUUUAGUAUCCAUUUUACAACAAUUUUUAAAAUAAAAUAGUUUCUUGUAAUUUUAUAAGAAAUAAGUAAGAAAGCGUUUACGUGCAUGCUUAUUUACUUUUCCAGGU